AUGAACCACAAUAAUGAGAACGCCAUGGAACAGCCGAAUGGGUUUUGGGAUUACGCUGUUGGUUUUCUCAAUCAAAAUGACCUUCUAUCAGUAGGACGCACUAAUACUCAUCUUCACGACAUCGCCAUGAAAAGAAUAUACCGCAGAGUUGUGAUAUCCAAGAGCCCUAUUUUGAGGUCUUCAGAAUGGUUUCUUGAUUGUGGAACUACCUAUGUCGCUGGAUACCGGUCACUGUACAAAACAGCUGAUCAAAACGACCUGUUUUUGUAUGAUCGCAUCGUGAGAUUGACGGAAAGUCCACAUUUGCAUCUGGUCGAAGAAGUUGUCAUACAAGAAGAUGUUUUUGAGGACAAAGAGGCAGGAUACGCGGUCCUCAAGGGACUUUUGAACAAACUGAUGGAUUUGGACCGCUUAAAAGUAUUGGACGUCAGAGAUUCUUAUCUUUUAUCUGAAAUUCGCCUGCGAUAUUUGCAGCUUUCAAACCUACGGCAAUGCCAGGUCGUGGGUUUAACAGAUCUUGGCCAAUUGCAAUCGCUAGAGAAUAUUGAAUCUCUAGAAUUGCUUCUAACAAGCCCCGAUUUCGAUAAUCGCACCUUAACAGAUAACGUCAAAACUGUUUUAGCCUCUAAUUUACGUGAAUUAGUGGUAGACGAUUUGGAACACUCGGCUUUGCGUCUUUUCCAAUUCUUCCAGGAACACAAUAUGUCGCUCAAAGCGGUCAGGUCCCUAAAAUUCAACCAUGUUCAUGGAAUACACGAUUAUAAUAAGACUAUUCGGGAGUUGAUUCCGGAUUUCCUCGUAUGCGUCUUCGACUUGGAAAAGUUGGAGCGGUUGGAAUUUGAGGGCUCCUGUGAAGUGGAAGGCUGUGUCUGUUUUCAGGAAUUCCUGAUGGAACUGGCCCCGCGGCUCACUAACCUGCGCGAGCUGGGACUCAUAGAAAAGACAUUUGCCACCCAGGGGGAUCACUACACGGAGGAAAACUGGGAUUUGGCAAUCAACAAAUUCAUUUUUCACCUGCCGAACGUUUCACACACUCUUCAAAAGCUUGCAAUACGCCACAAUCCACCUUUGAACGGAAUCCAGAAGGAUUCCGUGGAGGGCAACUACGUGAGACGACGUACUUUGUAUGACAACGUUCUUCCCAAACUCACACAUCUGCGGUCUCUUAUCGCCCCCACACUUCUUCGGUCUCUGUCUUCUUAUGAAGUGUUGAUGUGUGAUUUAUUGUGGAACGGAUGUGAGUGCGAUCAAUGUGCCAAAGUUUUGCCGAUCAUCGAUCAAUUUAUCAUGAACCACCAAUACUACUCCUCGCCAGAUGGGUGCUACAAAGACAUCAUCCCCACAGUGUUUUUGGCUUAUUCGGGAGAUGCUUUGUCACGCCGUUUCAUUACAGAGAUAGAUUGGGACCUCAAAGCUUGGCAAACAUGUCCCGUGUCCACCAACUGGGACUUCCAUGGCUACGAAAGCAUCCAACAUUUUCACGAUUAUGCUUGUCAUUUUGACGAAUCCGUUUAUGUGGCCUUCACAAAGUGUCUUUCCCACUUCUUCAAUUCCUACAUGGACCAUUUGGUCAACUACCUGCCACUACUACGAUCUUGCGUCUUGUCCGGAAUCUACUAUAGCGUGGACGAUUCAAAUAAACACACAUCUAUCUACGAUUAA